AUGGCUCUGAAUAAUUGUUCCCACCUGAACCUGGAAGUGGACCCUUUCCUGUACUGCAACAACACUGUCAAUCAAAGUCUGAAUCCCCCCAAGAUGGACAACUGGUUCUACCCAGGAAUCAUUUACGUCAUCCCCGCAGUUUAUGGGGUUAUCAUCGUGAUAGGCCUCAUUGGCAACAUCACCCUGAUCAAGAUCUUCUGCACAGUCAAGUCCAUGCGAAACGUGCCAAACCUGUUCAUCUCUAGCCUGGCUUUGGGAGACCUGCUGCUACUGGUAACCUGUGCCCCUGUGGAUGCCAGCAAGUACCUGGCUGACAGAUGGCUAUUUGGCAGGAUUGGCUGCAAACUGAUCCCCUUCAUACAGCUUACCUCAGUGGGGGUGUCUGUCUUCACACUUACAGCGUUGUCCGCAGACAGGUACAAAGCCAUUGUGCGGCCAAUGGAUAUCCAGGCAUCACACGCCCUGAUGAAGAUCUGUCUCAAAGCUGCCUUGAUCUGGAUCGUCUCUAUGCUGUUGGCCAUCCCAGAGGCUGUGUUUUCUGACCUCCAUCCCUUCCAUGUGAAAGAUACCAACCAAACCUUCAUUAGCUGUGCCCCCUACCCACACUCUAAUGAGCUGCACCCUAAAAUUCACUCUAUGGCUUCCUUUCUGGUUUUCUACAUUAUCCCACUGUCAAUCAUCUCUGUCUACUACUACUUCAUUGCCCGAAAUCUGAUUCAGAGUGCCUACAAUCUCCCCGUGGAAGGCAAUAUACAUGUCAAGAAGCAGAUUGAAUCCCGCAAGCGGCUUGCCAAGACAGUACUGGUGUUUGUGGGCCUCUUUGCCUUCUGCUGGCUCCCCAACCAUGUCAUCUACCUGUACCGCUCCUACCACUACUCUGAGGUGGAUACCUCCAUGCUCCACUUUGUCACUAGCAUCUGUGCCCGCCUCCUGGCCUUCACCAACUCCUGUGUGAACCCCUUUGCCCUCUAUCUGCUGAGCAAGAGCUUCAGGAAGCAGUUCAACACUCAGCUCCUCUGCUGCCAGCCCGGCCUGAUGAACCGGUCCCACAGCACUGGCAGAAGUACCACCUGCAUGACCUCCUUCAAGAGCACCAACCCCUCGGCCACCUUCAGCCUCAUCAAUGGGAACAUCUGUCAUGAGGGGUAUGUCUAG